CUAAUUUACUAGUAAUGUCUAGUACUGAUUAACUAUAUUAAAUAGCUAAUAGCAAAAGCUAACGAGCGCUAUCUUCUUACUACUUUCGGAGAUGUAACGCCAGAUAGCUAUUUUGUUUACGAGCGUGCUGGCGCACGUUAGCUGUUGACAGUUUGAGUCAGUGAUUGCUUGAUACCUCGUUUAACUUUCAACUGCAUCUCCUGGUCCUCCAUCUUCUAUAUUUGCAAGGGUCUAAAAUGUAUCGAAGUGUUGCCAAAAAGAGUGACAGCUGUUACUUCCGUGAUAUUGUAAUGCGAAGCACAAAUAACGUUCGGGUUGCAAAACCAAACGGAAAAAGUCGUUCCUAGGCGUCUUUAAAAACUUGCACUUGGUCGUAAAAUAAUAAUUUAUAAGAUACUCAUUACUUAUACUGUACAUUUCACAUUCGAGCACAUUAGCAACUUUUUAUAAUCAAGGUAAUGGAUGGACAGUUCGGGCUGCAUACUUCAAUUGCAUCAUGGGAUUUUUGUUAAUAAAGCCACUUUCAGUUUUGAUAUCAGGAAAUUAGUGCGAGGAAUAAAACAAUCAUAUUUCGAUUUUAUAUGAUACAUUAAUACCGUAAUAGUGACAACUGAAAACAUAUACAGCAUUAUUUGCAACAUAAAGUGACAAUGGACGGCACCAUUCUCCACACGGUCUUAGACGGCCUCUCUGUGGAAUCCACGUGUUUUCCCGACGAGUCCAGAGGAGACAAGUUAAAUGGUGUGAUAAUGGUGACUACAGAGAACAUGGAUGUGGAUGAGGAGAGUUUGUUGAAAUACUCCACCACCCUCACUAAUAGACAGCGUGGAAACGAGGUCACAGUCAGACCAGCUACUUUAGACAUUCUGUCCAUCCACCAGCUAGCUGCACAAGGGGAGGUCUCCCAAGUGGCAACACAUCUGAGCAAAGACAGUUUACUGAUGAACCGUCAGGAUGAACGGGGCUUCACACCCCUCAUGUGGGCAGCAGCGUUCGGAGAAAAAGCUAUGGUGGAUUUCCUUCUAGAAAAGGGUGCAGAUCCUAGUAUUAUAGCAUGGGAAAGGGAGAGUGCCUUGACCCUGGCCAGCUCUGGAGGCUAUGCAGACAUAGUGAAAGGCCUUCUGGAAUAUGGAGUAGAUAUUAAUGCUUAUGACUGGAAUGGUGGAACUCCUCUCCUUUAUGCCGUUAGAGGAAACCAUGUAAAGUGUGCAGAGGCCCUAUUAGACAAAGGGGCAGACAUGACCAUUGAGGCAGACUCUGGGUAUAGUCCCAUGGCCCUUGCUGUAGCACUUGGGCACAAAAAAGUCCAAAAGGUGUUAGAAAACCAUAUUCUGAAACUCCUGAAGAAAAAGGCAUGACAUCAGCUAUAAGACCACUAGGAUGUUGUUUGAGCAGACAUUGUCAUGCACUUAGUGCAAAAUAGAGGACCAUCAUCUGUGAGGAGAUCAGCUGACCAAAAAACUGAAGCCACAACAGAAGGCUGGUGACAAAGACACCUUUAAAGGAAACUCCAACCUUAAGGACCACUGUUAAGUUCCAAUCUUGUACAUUUAUUUAGUGUUCUGUAAACUAAGAACAUUGUUAUAUUUUUUGUUAACAAUAUCAAUCAUACUACUAUGUAUGUUAAAACAAUCUUUUUUUUAAGUUUGUCAUUGGAGGUAUAACACCAGUUGAUUGUAAAUAAGAAAAUGCAUUGAAAAUAUACACUGUUUAUUGGAAAUGACAAUGAAGAAUCAACUGUAAGACAGUCAAAUGUAAAUAUCCAAGUGGAUGUGUGACCUCAAACCUUCUAGCCUGUAAAGCUGCAAUAAAAAUCCACUUACAAGUUU